CCACUGAUUGUCGUGGCUAUAAAAGAUCAUCAGCAUUUCUCAUCGCGGUCGAUUUGAUAAAGAGUAAAACAUGAAGCUUUACGUCACCUUGGCACUUUUGUGCGUCGCUCAGGCUUUGGCCGGUCCCGUUUGUCGGGAUUUGAACACCGACAUCAACUCGGCGACCACCGCGUUGGGCAACUUUAAUUCUGAGGUGGACAAAUACAUUGGAAAUCUUGGUAACUUCCGCGACGAAAUCACAUUCAACAUCGCCAACCGCUACGCAAGCAUAAAGAGAAACCUUGACUCUCUGCCCCUCAGCAAUGAAACUGUGGCUGACUUGAUCGUCGCCAUAGACAACGGCACCAAGGAGGCCUCCGAUUCCGUCUUCGGUGGAAUAGAAAGCUUGGUUUUAGUUCGAUUGGAGGUUGUGAAAACAAACGCGGCUCUGCAGCAGGACCUUCCGAUCCUUGGAGACGCCACUGACAGUUUGGUAUCGCAGUACAACACCACCAACGAUGACUUGCUCGUCAUGAGCAUAAAUGUUCCCGGAAACUUUGUCAGUCUUGAUGGCCAAAUUCGCAGCGCCAUCGAAGGCCAGAGUGGAACGCCGGCGAUUAAUAUCCUGGUCGAACUGAACACCAUUACUGAUCUUCUGUACGCUCAGAACUUCAUCAUCGAAAACACUCAGAUUGUUUACGACUUCCGUGCAGGGCUUGCUUAUGAAGCUCUACUUGUUGUUAUUGAGCAGGCGAAAGCUGGAAAUUAUUGUUAAAAUGAUGAAUAAAUAUAAAACAAUCUAUAUUCUGAGAUAUAU